AUGGCCUCCCCACCCCCCUCCCCCCUCACCACCACCAGCGCCGCCUCCGCGCCGCCCGACAACUCCAACAAACCCGCCGCACCCCCCGUGCACGUCCUCCCAACCCAACUCGCAACCAUCUACUCCUACAUCCACCCAGCGGCGCUACUCUCCGCCUUCGCCGCGCGAUUCCCCGCGCUGGUCAACGACCCCGUCGCAGAAAUGGCCCAGCAAUUGCCCCUCCUCGCCCUCGCGCACGUCGCCUACGUGAUGAUUUGUCUCCCGGCCGCGGGCUCCUCGGAUUCUACUACUUCCACCACCACCACCACUCCCGCUUCGCCGUCUACUCCCACCGCCUCCAGCGCCUCCUCCACAGGAACAACCACCGGUACCAACGAAAAAGGAGGAAAUGUGAUCCUCCGUCCCGGCCGCGUCGGCCGGCGGCGCACGAAGGACUCGUCUUCGUCGUCGGCGACGGCCUCGGCGAUUAGUGGGCGGGUUGUUGCUUCGCUAUUAUCCUUGACAUUGACAACCCUCCUCGCCACCCCCGUCCUCAGCAUCCUUCUUGUUCUCUUUGGCGCCCCGUUCACGACUCAUCAUGCUCAGACGGUUCUGUGUGCGGCGCAUAUGGCUAUUCUGUCGUCGACGGCGCUGGUGGACCGUCCGUGGCAGGCGUAUCCGAUUACCUUGUUGACGGGGGCGUAUAUCGGGUUUGUGGUCGGGUCGGUGCUGGGGAGGUCGGUGUUGUUUGGGAAGAGGAUUCGGUUUGAGGAGGGGGAGGAUGUGAAGAAGGUUGAGUAG